UUUGCAUAAAAAACUUUCAGCACGCCAAAAGAGCGCACGGCUUUUCCGAUUCUUGUUCAGUUAGUACUACUAUCAUUUCCGUCGUUUCUCGGCCUGUGAGCUAAAGUCUCCGCUGGCAGAUGCACUGCCUCAGCUUUCCAAAGCAGCAGCAUAACGCAUUGCCAUUAUAAAUAACAACAACAGGCGCUUGAGAAGCCCAUUGAACUGCGAAUUCAAGUGUUUUGUUUUUCGCCGCGUCGUGAUCCGCAUAUAUUAUUUACCGUUGUGAAUGCGAAACCGAAAGUAAAAUUUGCCAGCCGCAGAAACUGUAAAUUAUGUAAAAGUAUUGGCUGGCCUACAACAAGUCGCUUGCGCGGAUGUGCGUGUGUGUGCUUAUCAGAAGAGUUUAAUGGAGGCUGCGCCGGUAAUUUCUCCACCUUCUCUCUAUUUCUCCACCACAAUCUCCUUCAGCAACAACCACAACAAUUGCACGCGGCGAACAACAAAAGCAACUGUAAAUAGCCGCUGCCCUUUGUUGUGAGCACCGCAUAAUAGAAAAAGAGCGUCGCCAUAUAAUGUUGACAACGGGAAACCGCAGCCAUAAUGAAGAAGACAAAAUAAAGAAAUAAAUGCUCAAUAAAAUCGAAAUUGCGUAGCAAGCUAGAAUCGAGUGGAAACCAAUGAUGAUUUAGUGCUAGCAAGUGCGGAGUAGAGCAACUUUGCCAUUUGGCUAAAAGGGAAAGUCAGAAAGCCUUCAGACUGGAGGCCUCACUCACCCUGAAGCGCAUCUUUGCCCGCAAAAUUGGCUACAAGGCGAAGUCGAAGUCAAUUUUAGCGGCCAUGCGCACGAAACACCUGAUCUUAAUACUGAUCGGAGUCAUAAUCGCCACGAUCGUCUUCAUUGCAUUCGGACCAGCCGGCGAGCCGAACGAUUCCUUCAAGAACAUUGUCGUCCAGACGCACCAGCAGUUGAAAGAGUUUCAGGAGAACCUCCGCGUUGGUCUGGAACCCAAAAAGCUGGAAAUAGACCCAAAGUAUUUGCUACUUCUGGGUUUCACCUCUCCAAAGGAUGCCUCACGCCAGCAGGAACAGCUGGAGCCGCGGGAUGCCGCGGUCAUUGGGUCAUCAGGUCAGUACCCGCCAAAGACAGAUUUUCCAGCGCCGGCCACCAAAGCGGAACUGGAGCUCAGCGAGCUGCGAGGACUGCGGCGUCCCCAGGAUGCCGUUACCUUCGGUGGCCAGCAGGGGGAUCAAGAGCAACGGGGGCAACGGAAGCGGAUCACCACGCCGUAUAAUGGCACAAGAAGCAACUUCACCAUCAUCACGUAUGUGCUGGAGGGUCAGGUUGCAUCGGCCAUUCUGCUGGCCCAGAACAUUGCCGCCAAGCUGCCCAGCGAAUAUCUGCUCAUCUACGACUUGGGCGUAUCCGAGGAGCAGCUUCGCGACUUGGGGUCCUACUGCAACAACAGCCGGUGCUCGGUGAUCACCUAUGACCUAUCGGAGUUCCCCUCCUUCGUGGCCGAUCAGCGGACGCAUGCCUACCGGCCAAUUGUGAUCAAAGAUGGUCUGAUGCGUGCCCGGUCGGUUCUCUUCCUAGAAAACUACAUGCGGGUGCGGGGAGGUUCCGCCCAGCUGCAUUAUCUACAGAGCAGCGUGAUGAAUCCAGGAGUAAAGACAGCUGGAGUCAAAUCCGCAGGAGUCCUGGGCUGGAACACACCAACGGCGGUGUCCUCGCUCACGCACCCAAAAAUGUUCGACUACUUCGAGUCGAAAGCUGAGGAAUUCAACUUCCUUCGGAUGAUCGACCUGGAUGCAGUCUUCUUUUCGGGCAGCCCCUUGGUCACCGAGAAGAUCAUGCUGCCCUGGCUGAAGUGCUGCCUCACCCUCGAGUGCAUCGAUCCAAUCGGUGCCCAAUCGAAUGGCUGCAAGUUCAACAAGAAGCCCCUGUACCGAUACUCCGGAUGCCACGGCUACGAUGCGUCCGCCUUCAACAUCGUCCUGGGUCUCACCUCGCAAAUGGACGACACUGAGUACUCCUUGCCCAGCGACAGUCCACGCAAUAUUUUCUACAAGGAGACACUAGAGCAGGCGACGCGAAUUCUGGAGAGCCGGCGGCGCAACAGUAGCGAGACAUCCGACCAUCCGUUUACGGACGACUGAGCAUGGAAAACUGAAACAAGAAGUGGACGUGGGCGUGGCCAAAGCAUUUGAUACAACGUUUUCUACCAGCACACACACACACAGAUAGAUACUCUCAGGAGCAGACGAAGCAAACCAAGACUAGUAGGAAUUUCGACGGAAAUGACACACCAUCAUUUGAACUAGAUGAAGGUCAAGAGAUUCCCAAUCUAGCUGAGUUAGACAGAUGACUUCGAGUCAAAGACAAGAUCGGAAAUGAACAGACCAGAGCACAGUAAUUUAGCUUAGCGUUAGGAUGUGCAGCCUAACAAUACUUGUAACCAUUUAGUCAAGCCCUAGUUACUUAUUAAAUAUCUGUGUGAAUGUUUCCAUGGCUUUGCUGCGAGCCCCAAUAAGUGUAAAAACGCAUGUUUAGUUAACUGCCCCGACUGUAAAUACAUAAGAACAUCAAAUGGCAUAAAUUUUGUGAUUGUAUUUAAUAGUUACUCACGCAUAGACAAACAUAUACAGUAUAUAAAUAUAAAUAUAAAUAUAAAUGUAAUGUAACAAUCCUAGAACAAGACGAGCCAAAAACGUAAGUUAAUAAAAUUCUGAAUUAUCAAUACCAAA